UACCAGUGUUUAGUUAUUAACUGACCGGCCCACCCCCGGACCGGCAGUGUUACUUAGCUAGGACUCGGGCUCCAGAAAUAAGAGGCGAUCGGACCGGCCCGGUAGAACAGCAAAAAAUUACAGCUUUGCUUAGCGACGAUAUCGCGUGGCUUGUUCAUUCGUUCCUUGCUUAGAUCUACUGAACCGAGACCGAUUUCCUCAAGGAUAACCAGUCAUGGAUGUCGACAAUGAUUUGGAUAGUUUUCCCCUUGUGGAAAAGAACACGACGCCAGAGGAUGAGUCGGGGCCUGAGGCGGCAAGCAAAUGGGAACUCCUAAUCCUCACGAUUCCAUUCUUCGGUUUACAGUUGACAUGGACAGUUCAGCAGGUCUAUGGCGUUCCUUACCUCUCCACGCUCGGCAUACCGGACACCCGGAUGCCGCUGUUCGUGCUUUCUGGACCUCUUGCCGGUCUCAUAGCUCCGCCGGUCGUGGCGGCGCUUAGCGACGCAUGCCAGAGUCCCUGGGGAAACCGCAAACCAUUCAUUUACCUUGGCGGACUCGGAACCAUACUCUCCUUUCUACUUCUAGCCGCAGCCCAACCCAUCGCGGACACUUUUACUUACGGUCUGCUUGGCCUGUCAAAUCCCGAUGCCGCCAUGGCAGGGGCCCAGAUCAUCGCCGCUUUCAGCAUUUACACCCUCAACUUCUCUAUCCAGCCACUGCAGCUAGGCCUUCGGGCGUCAGUUAUUGACCACUUCCCACCGCAUCAGCAGCCCACCGCAAAUCUGUGGAUAGGUCGUUUUUCCGCCCUAGGAUCCGUGUGCCUCGCCCUCGUCGGAUUCGGCUACAGUCCCAAUUUUUGGAAUCUAACUGUCGUUGUGACGUCGGUAUUGGCGAUGCUGUUGCUCUUCGCAGCCUUGACGAACACCGCAAAACCAGAGUCCCAGUGGUCUGAGGUUCCGAGGGAGAUCGCCCCGACCUCCCUUCGCUCUCAUAUCUACCGGCUGCUUAGGAAGACCAGCAAUCUGCCGCCCGUUACCAGACGGACGUGUCAGGUACAACUGGUAUCGUGGUUUGCUUGGUUUUUUGUUCUGAACUAUACGAGCGCACUCAUUUCUCAUGCCUAUGAAAACCACGAUGUUUCCAGUACUCGGGAUAAGAAGCCGGCGACGCCAUCGGCCGCAUCUGCCAGUGCCGUGUCCCGCGUGGCGCUGCUCUUCCACAUCACUGCCCUAAUCACUCUCAUAAUCGUCUCCUUAGUAUGGCGGCGGUCCGGGAAGCGAACACGAGCUGAUUCCAUCGCUGACGAUCGGCGGAUGGGCCCUCAUAACGAAAACGGAGGCCUAGCCCGGACGCGCCACGUCCUCAUGCGCUGGGUCUGGAAGCCGUGUCUCGUGAUCUUGGCCCUUUCCUUAGCCGCAACCUGCCUGUUGUUGGUCUGUGCCAAGCCAUCUUCGGCCGUCGCGACCACCAUAUCCAUACUUCUCGGCGCGAACGGAAUGCUGUUCGCGCUGUCGAACUGGGUGCCGUACGCGCUGAUAGCCGAUGAGGCGUCGGCUCAGGCGAGGGCGCGGGCCAUGCUGACAGUCGAGGGCGACCCCGUCGACCACGAAGACGCUACGCCGGGUUUAUUGGCGGUGCACAUGAUGGCUAUCACGGCACCGCAGAUCGUGGCGGCGAUAGCGAGCUGGCUCCUGAUGCAAGGGCUGGCGAUUCUGGGAUUUGAGGAACACGCUGUUUGGAAUUUUGUCAUGUGUGUUCCAGCUGCGCUCUGGGCCGCUUGUCUAUAACCUGUAUGUGAAGCUGUAUGUAAUGUAAUAUUUCACGUGUAUUUUAUAAAUUGAAAAGAUACCACCUUGAUACCACUUUGCUACAUUGCUUACCUGCCUAUGUCCUCGCCUAUUUUGAAUCCGUGGGACUUUCAACAGACAUGUUCUCUAAGGUUAGGCU